AUGCCAGAGGACUCAGUUGGCUCACUAGAUAAGUCACACUUCAGAAAUGGGGAUGAUAUACUGUUUGACUAUGGAAAACAAAGCAAUACUUCAACUAGUGCCCCAGCUCAAAAUUUAAGCAACGACAACAUAGCCAAAAAGAAGAAGAAAAAGAAGAGUAAGAGCAAAGAUAGUGAUCAUAAACUGGCCAUAAGAGCAACAUUGAACAAUCCAGAAGAUGAUUAUCCUACUUCGAGAGUGAUAAAACAGGCACCUAAUGGUGAUGUGAUUGUGGAGAGCUUAGAAGAAGAAACUGAAAAUCAAAAGAACGAUUGCCAUGGUCAGAAGGGGAUAGCGAAUAUAUGGGAUAACGCAACUUUAGAGGAGCAAGAGAAUUUAAAGAAAUUUUGGGAAUCUUUAAAUGAAACUGAAAAGAUGAAAUUAGUUAAGAUAGAUAAAAAAUCGAUAAUGGAAUUAUUUCGAGAUGAAAUAAAAGCCGCUAGUCUGUCGCAUCACAGUAACUUCGCCCAAUCAAGCUCUAGAUCAUCUGGCUGCAGUUGUUCGUACUGUGGUAGAAAAAAUAGCGUCAUAGAAGAUGAACUUGAAAACAUAUAUGAUACUCACUUUGAUGAUAUAAUCGACUUUAUACAUGAGGUUAGGGACAUAAAUGAUCUAAAUGCUUUACCUGGACUUCUAUUUGGAGGAUUUCAUAUGUUAGAGCAGGAACACAAACUUCAAAAAAGACAAGCAAAGCAUAGACAUUCUCAUGAUGGUGAAAAUUGUAAUCACAAUCACGGAGCCGUUAAAGCAGCACGUAAAAAUUCUGAUUCUAGUCGGCCCAGGGAUUCAUGCUCUCCUGAGGUUUCCCAUGAUUCUAUGAUAUCUAACAGAAAUAUGCUAGAGGCAAUUAAUGACAAUCAAACUGGAAUGGAUGAGCAGGAAGCGUUCAAUCAAUUGCUCGAUCCCAAACUUUUUGAAGCAUUAGAGGGACUUGAUUUAGACAGAAUCAGACAAGUGUCAACUAAACAAAGCCAAACAAAAAUAGCUGAGAAAGCUAAUUCUUUGAGAGAGAUUAUUCGAGAUUUUCAAAGAGCGGAUAAAUCUCAAUUGGAAAAGGGAAUGGCAUUUCUUCAAGGUAUGGGAAAAGUUUUCAAAGAAGAAGCGAGAGAAAAUAGUGGAGAAAGUUUUAAUGAGGAAAUAUCUAAGGGACUAUCAAAAUUUGCUGAAGACUUGUUAAAGAAUGACGGGAAUACUUUCAUAGAUAUGUUGGAAUCAUUAUCAGAGUCUAAAUCAGAGAGAGAAGAUCUACUAAAAAAUGACAGUGAUGGAGAUCAAGCUUUUUCUAAAAAGAUUGAUAUAUCUGAUAUUAUUAAAGAUGUAGAAAAUAGUGCCAGUGAACCAUUUCGGGAUCUGAAGCGACUCAAUGAGCUUAUGAACGAUCAUGAACUUUCCUUAAAACACGACCAUGGUCCAGAACUCCAAAAGAUUGACAAUAUGAAUCAUUAUGAUAUAGAGGAUGAAGAAGUAAAUGGAAUAGGAAGAAACGAAGACAUGGAGGAAUACGACUAUGCUGAUGAAGAUGACGUGGAUGUGGACGAGGACGAUGACGAUGAAGAUGUGGGAGAGGAUGGAGUAGAAGACUAUGAAGAUGAAGAUGAAGAAAUUGAUAUUAGUGAUACAGAGUCGGAGAUUUCUGAAGAGGAGAAAAUGCAAGAAAUUCGUCGUCUCUUUUUAAUUCAAGUAAUCAAGUUAUUUCAAGAAAGAUUGAACAACGCAUACAAGGAGAAGCUAUCUCAGGAUAGGACAAAAAUGUUGAUCGCUGAGUUGGAAGCGGAAGAGAAUGCGAAAAAAGAAAAAGAAUUGAAGAAACUUAAGCAAAAAGAGAAAGCCAAGGAGAAAAAACGGAUGCAACAACUAGCUAAAGAAGAAGAAAGAAGGAAAAAAGAGGAGGCACAGCGAUUGAAGGAAGAAGAGUUGAGAGAAAAGCAGGAGGCAAUCAGGGCCGAACAGAAAAGGAAGAAAGAUGAAGCAAAACAAAAAAGAGAUGAGCUGAAGCGCAAAAAGUUAGAAGAAUUACAGAGGAAAGAGGAAGAACAGAAAAAACGUUUAGAAGCGCAGCGGAAGAAAGAGGAGGCUAAACGGUUAAAGGAGGACCUUAGGAUAAAAGAAGAAGCACAGAGGAAAGCUGAAGAACAAAAGCGUAAAGAGCUGGAGCUUCUUGAAAGAAAGCAACAAGAAAAGUUAGAAAGAUCUAGGAUAAUUAAUGAAAAAGAAAGCGUCAAACCAUCUCUCUCAGAUGAUAGUCAAAAAGCUCAGCUUUGGACGGCUUCUGAGGGAAGUGGAUGGGUAUCAGCUGCUGCUCCUGAAGAAGCUAAUUAUAUUGCACCAAAAAGGACUAUAAAUGAUGAAAUAGUCCCUUCUUCAAACAACCUUUUAAAUCAACUAACUUCUCCAGUGCUGGUUCCUUUGCUGACUACCCCUACUCCCGUAACCGUUUCUAACACGUACCUGGAUUCUAAUGCCGCGACAUCUUCUCUGGCUAUAUUUCCAGGAAGCAAUAUAUUGAAGAAUCUGCUGUUAUCACAUGCAAAUACCAGCGGUUCACCGAAUAUUCAACUGGGUAUAAUGAACAGUCCUUGGAGCGGGCACAAUAAAAUGGCGCCACAAAGCUCUUAUCAAGCCCCAAUGAACACAAAUUCUUUCAGUCCUUUUAACAGGUCAAGACCUGCGGAUGUUGCACCAAUGGUAGCUCCGAGCAACCUUAAUUCAAGUGUUUGGAAUUCUAAUACUUCUCGUAACGGAUCAAUAUGGAACAAUAAUAGUACUUCAAAUCCACUUUGGGGCGAAAGUGCUGCUGGACCACCUGCAAAUUCUUUAUUACCGAACAAUGAUCUAUUGCAAUUAACCAUCUUUGAUGCCUUUCAGCUUCUAAGCAAUACCAAUCAGCUUGAAUUUGGUUUGGCUCCUUGCCUCAAGUUGUUCCAACAGACGAAAGCUUUGUUAGGUAAUGAAAACCUUAAUUUGACCAGUUUUCUCAAUGCAUGCCGAACCUCACCAAGGUAUAAUUUUGAUUUUGUUUACGAUGAAUUCGGCACGGUGACAUACAUCAAAAUUAAUUUGGUUCAUCACACACCAGCAAUCUUAUCUGCUACAAGUUUGCCGCAAGAUGGAUCGUCUCUCACUUCCAACUUUGCUCAAGGUACAGAUACAAGCUCAAUUUUAAAUAAAGGACCUAUCAGCAAUCAAAUCAAUGGGACUAGAAAUCUAUGGUACUAA